AUGCAAUCAAUUUCAAGUGAAACAAAAGUAUGUGAUGCUUGUCGAUCUGCUUAUUACAAAUGGAAAAGACAGAAUCCUGAUUUUGGUGAUUUAUUAUCACGUAUUGAAGAAGAGGAAUUGGCUGAGACUGACGAUAAUAUGGAUAUGAAUCAGGUACUUAAAUUCUUUUUUUCUGAAACUGCUGUUCUUGUUUCGUCUCCACAAAUGUUUCAGAAUGAUUCGAUGGAUUCAGAUAUUAUUGAUGUAGCAAAGGUAGCAAUUACAUCCGAUACGAAUUCAAGGUUCGGUUUAACACAAAAAACUAUCACUUUGCCAAUGAACUGCACCACUUCAUCUCACAAAACUUGUUGCAUUUGUUCGGCUAAUAUGGAAAGAAACUCAAGAACUGUAUCACCAGAAGACCGUGAUCUGAUUUUUUUGAAAAAAUAUAUUCUAAUACCUGAAGGUGCUAGGUGUUGUUCUCAAUACUUAGAUGAUGAUCGAUUGACAAAGAACGCUAUCGACAAAGUUGCACCGUUCUCCAUACAAAGCAAAAGAUUUAGUUCAAGUGAUGUACAACUGCUGAUAAGUAGAUGGUAA